AUGGCCGACACUGCAGUAACUGGUGCGGCUGCUGCCAACCCCGCAGAGGUCAAGACUGAGAGCUCCGCUCAGGUCGAGACUGGCGCAAAGACCGAGUCCAGCGAGUCCAACAGCAAGACUACAAAGACUGAAGAGGGAGAAGAGAAGUGGGCUCUCAACGGCAAUUCUGAAGAGAAGAAUGGCCGUCGCAACGACCGCGACGACCGUAAUGGUCGCCCCGGUCGCGGCGGCAGAGGAGGUCGUGGCGGUCGAGGUGCCCAUAACAACAACAACAACAACUACCGCAAGAAGCCUCACAACCGCGAGUUUGAGAAGCUUCCCGAGUCUGACGACCCGGAAGAGAUCCGCUCUCAGGUCGAGUUCUACUUCUCCAGAGCCAACCUUGCAAGCGAUCACCAUAUGUUCAUGGAGACUGAAGGUCCCAAGAACAAGCCUGUCUCAAUCCACCACGUCUGCACCUUCUCGCGAAUGCGCCGCUUCAAGCCCUACAGUGCUGUUGUGGCAGCUCUCCGUGACAGCAAGGACUUGGUUGUUGUUGACGACGGCGAGUACAGCAAGCCUGGUAGCGAGGCUGUCAAGCGCAGGGAGGCAAUCACCGUACCUGUUGAAGAUGGUGACGACGAGAAGAACCCCUCCACCGAGGAACUCUUCUACCGCCUCAAGAACGCCUCAUCCAACAAUAUGGCAACUAGUGUGUACGCCAAGGGCUUCGGUAGCGAGGAGGAAUCCGGCCAGAUCGCCCUUGAGAAGUUCUUCCGUCCCUACGGCGCUGUCCAAGUUCGCAUGCGUCGCGAAGACAACGGCACCUGGAAGGGUAGCGUCUUUGUCGAGUUCGACUCUGAGGACUCCCAGAAGCAGUUCCUCGCUCUCGACCCCAAGCCCAAGUUCAACGACAACGAACUCACUGCCAUGGGCAAGCAGGAGUACAUUGAGAUGAAGUGCGCCGAGAAGGGCAUCAAGCCUGACCACCUCAUGACCGAGCAGGAAAAGUAUGAGGCCCGCAAGAAGCAGCGUGAGGCCAACGGAGGCUCCCGACCCCACAACAACAACAACAACUACAACCGUGGUCGCGGACGCAAGACCAACGGUCACAGGGACCGUGAUAACCGUCGUCGCGACCGCAGCGGCUCCGUCGACGAGAAUGACUGGAACAAGCGUCGCGACCGCUUCAAGAGCGGCAAGAACGACCGUGGCAGCCGCAAGGAAGAAAAGAAGGAGAUUGAGCGCGACGGCCACGGUGUUCCCAUCAUCAAGGAUGUCUCUGAUGCAACGUCUAACAAGCGCAAGGCUGAAACUGACGACAACGAGGCCAGCCCCAAGAAGAACAAGCUUGAGAUCAAGGAGGAUGAGUAG